GCUCAUCUUAUUGUCAAAAAAGAUAUUUAAACAUAUCAAAAAGAAAAUACAAAAUAAAAAAAAGUUGAAUAUAUGAUUAUUUAACAACGAUGGAAUGUUUUUUUUUUAUUCAUUUAUAUUUUAUAUUUAUUAAGUAGUGAUGAUUCAAUUCGAUAGGUUACACAGAAAAUGAAAGUUUUUUGAGGCUGGGCAAUUUUUAAUUUUCUCAAUCAUUUUUUUUCUUUUUUCCACAUUCUUUUCUUUUUUUGUUUUUUUUUAUUUCAAUAUUAUGGAUUCAGCUACACCUUUUCGUCAUAGUGACUAUCCUGUUGUAGUUGGGAUUGACUUUGGUACAACUUAUUCUGGUGCUGCUUAUGGGAUUACAACAUCAGAAGGUGAAGUUUGUGAUAUUAGCACUUGGCCAAAACAAGCUGCAUACCGUUAUCCAAAAGUACCAACUAUGAGUUUAUAUGAUCCAGAAACAAGGAAAUUACUUCAUUGGGGUAGCGCUGUUCGUGCUGAAUGUAAUAAGAACAAUCUUCGACACAAAUAUUUUAUGCUUCAACAAUUCAAGUUAUUCCUGGAUGAUUCAUUAAGUGACGUCCUCAAAGUACCUGAAGGUUACACUGUAGUGGAAAUUAUAGCUGAUUAUCUUCGUGAAUUUCAUUCUCAUGUUUUGAAUGAAAUGAGAAAGGGUUUUGCACAUCAAUUUGAAGGUCGAUAUCGUUAUUGUCUUACGGUACCAGCUAUGUGGACAGAUAAAGCGAAACAAAUUAUGCGUGAAGCUUCAGUUUUAGCUGGUAUUAUCAAUGAAAAUGAUCAUCAUGAUCGAUUGAUGUUGAUUUCUGAACCUGAAGCUGCUGCUAUUUAUUGUGAAAAGGCAUGUGAUCAAUUCAGUAUGGAAGAUGGUGAUGAAUUUAUGAUUUGUGAUGCUGGUGGUGGUACUUUGGAUUUGAUCGUAUUUAAUGUCAAAAUGGAUGCUCAAGGCAAUCGCAAAUUUCAAGAAAGUGCAAAAGGAAUGGGGAAAUCAUGUGGUUCAAUGUUUGUAGACAAGAAAAUGAGAAAAUUAUUGAAAAGCAAAUUGAAUCGUGUAACUAAUGGCAAGAUUCCUGCUCAAGCUCUUGAAAAUAUGAUGGAACAUUUUAUUGAACGUUUAAAACCAUCUUUUGAUGGUACUGAAGAUCAAUAUCUUGAAUUACCUAUGAAUGCUGGAUUAACGGAACAUACAAUGCAAUCAAUUGGUCUCGGAGAUGGAAUGUUACGAUUUACAUUAGAAGAACUCAAAACUAAAGUAUAUGAACCCGUAGUUAGGGAUGUAUUGGAAUUGGUGCAUAAACAAAAGGCAGAAACAACAAAUCUGAAGGCUAUCUUUAUGGUUGGUGGUUUUGGAUCUUCUCAAUAUUUAUAUCUUCGCGUUAGUGAAGAAUUUGAACCUCUUGGUAUUAAAGUAAUUACUCCUCCUCGUGCAGAAAUGGCUGUUACUCGUGGUGCUGUCUAUGCUGGUAUGAAUCCAACUAAAGUUUCCGUUCGUGUCCCUAGAUAUUGGUAUGGUAUUGAUAUCACUGCUCCUUUCAACGAAGCUCUUGAUCCACCUGAAUACAAAAUUAUCAAUCCUGAUGGAAAUGUACGAUGUGAUCAUCGAUUCUCAGUUUUUGUUCAACGUGGUCAACCAUUAGAUAUCGACAAAUGUACUAGUAAACGAUAUACCACUUAUUAUCCAAGACACACAGCUUGUACAUUUUAUGCUGCAAGUACAGAACAAGAACCUAGGUAUGUAGUUCAAGAAGGAGUCAGCAAGGUGUUUGACUUUGAAAUCCCUAUGCCAAGAUUACCUGAUGCUGUACAUGGUGAUCCGGUUGACUUGACAAUUAACAUGUACUUUGGUGAAGUGGAAUUACGAGUGGAAGCCGUCAUCAGGGACAAGACCUAUCAUGUUGUGUGUAACUUUAACGUUUAGUUGUAUUAUCUUUUUUAUAUUCCCCUUCCUGUUCUUCUUUAUCCCUUAACCCGUCUUAGUAUUAAAACUAGAUUAGAGUUUUUUUUUUUGUAAUAUUCUUUUGGUUUUAUUAUUCAAAUAAACAAAUUUUUAUUAUAGUUCA